GUUAAGCAGAGGCUUAUAUAAGAAGCAAACAUUUAUCAUUACAAAAACAUAAAAUUGAACCAGUUAAAUUUAACAACAUAUAAACAUGAAUAAAUACAUUGUAGCCGGUUUGCUAGUGUUGAGCAUGGUGAUUUACUGCACGGGCCAAACACUAGACCCUAAACUCAAAAGCUUAACACUCAGUCAAACGAAAAGAGACAACAAUUUGGUAUUGAUUUGUGAUCUAUCGCUCGAGAAUAAUCAGGAUUUGGCCGGUGUUUACAUGCGAUACAAAGACCAGUGGUAUUACGGGGUAAACAUCGGAAACAUGAGAGAGCGUUACGACCCUAAUGUGAUUGCCAGCGAUCGGCUAAUAGACCGGACGCCACCCCUCUAUGACAGGACCAGUAAAUACGGUCGCAUCCGAAAUGUCAUAACCGGCGCCACAGAGUCCGACGAUUACGAUUGUUGGGUUACAUUCAGUGUCAGUGGUAUAACUUUUACGCAGUCCUCGCGAGAGGUUAUCACCGAUCGCCGAUUUGUGAAGACAGCCAUAUAUGACAAUAAUGUGUUGAGCAGUCGUUACCGCAUCGGAGAUGACGUUAGCAUUCAUUGCGAUUAUCAAAUGCAAAACAAAGACCUCUUCCAGGAUAUCACUGUCAGCAAAGAUGGCAACCAAUUCUUCAGAUACCUCUCACACACUAAUGUUAAAUUCACGCCUCGGCAGGGCGUAGAAAAUAUACGAAUGGAUGCGGACAACAAUAAACAGCUCUAUCUUACCAUCAAUCCGGAUGAUAAAGCAAAUGUGAAUACUGGGGGCCAGUACGAGUGCAAGGUCAAUUUUAUUAAUCCCGAUGAUGUGGACGAUCACAUAGAGACUCAGCAGCCACUUAAUCGCAUCAGGCUCGAGAGUAAUGAAGAGUUGGUCGGCGUUAACAUGCAAUACAAAGACCAGUGGUAUUACAGGGUAGACAUCGGAAACAUGACUGAGCGUUACGACCCUAAUGUGAUUGCCAGCGACCGGCUAAUAGACCGGACGCCACCCCUCUAUGACAGGACCAGUAAAUACGGUCACAUCCGAAAUGUCAUAACCGGCGCCACAGAGUCCGACGAUUACGAUUGUUUCGUCACAUUCAAAGUCAGUGGUCUAACUUUUACGCAGUCCUCCCGAGAGGUUAUUGUCAAUCGCCGAUAUGUUGACACAACCAUCUAUGACAACAAUGUGGUGAGCAGUCUCUACCGCAUUGGCGAUACGGUUAGCAUUCAUUGCGAUUAUCAGCUGAAAACCACUGACACCUUCAGGGAUAUCAGUGUCAGCAGAAAUGGCAAACCAUUUUAUCGAUACCUAUCCCACACUAAUGUGCAAUUCACGCCUCAGAAGGGCGUAGAAAAUAUCAAGAUGAAUUUGGACAGCAAUAAGCAGCUCUAUCUGACCAUCAAUCCGGUCGAUAAGGCAAAUGUGAAUACGGAGGGACAAUAUGAGGUUCACCACAGGAAUCCACAGGAGCGUUACAACAAUACCGUGAUAGACAGCACCAGGCUCAUUGAUCGGGUGCCACCACUAUAUAACUCGACCGUUAAAUACGGACACAUUCGCAAUGUCAUAUCAGACACACCACCAUCUGAUGACUUUGAUUGUUACAUCACUUGGUAUGACGGAAUCGGCACUUACUGUCACCAAUCCUCUCGAUCUGUACCUGAUCAAAGGUCUAUAAAGACCUCGAUUCUGGUAAACAAUGUAUUGAGCAAUCAGUACAGUGUCGGCGAUGACGUCAAAAUCCAUUGCGAUUAUCAAUUGCAACCUAAAGACACAUUCUUCGACGUCCAGGCCAUUAGAAAUGACCGCACUUUCUACAGAUAUAUCAAUAAAGACAGAUUUUUCUUUACGCCCCAAACUGGUAUCGAGACCAUCAGAGUAGAUGAUACUACUAACCAACGAUUAUGGCUAACCAUUAAUCCAAUCAAUAGGGCAAACGCUUACACUGGCGCUUGUUCUCCCGUCAAAUCCUUAACACUCGAGCCAUACAAGAGAGACAAUGAUUUGGUACUAAACUGUGAUUUUCAAUUCGAGUCAAACCAGAGAUGGCAAAAGGUUUAUAUGCGAUAUAAAGACCAACCCUAUUAUGGUGUAGACGCCGCCACUCUAGAGGAGCAUUACUACAGUGACGUGAUAGACAGCACCAGGCUCAUUGAUCGAAUGCCACCACUAUAUAACUCGACCAUUAAUUACGGACACAUUCGUAAUGUCUUAUCAGACACACCACCAUCUGAUGACUUUGAUUGUUACGUCACUUAUUAUGACGGAGUCGACUUAUGUUGGCAAUGGUCCCGAAAGGUGCCUGACCAAAGAACAAUAAAGACCUCGAUUUUUGUGAACUAUGUAUUGAGUGAUCAGUACAGUGUCGGUGAUGUCGUCCAAAUCCAAUGCGAUUAUCAAUUACAAGCCAACGACACAUUCUUCGACUCCCGUGCCAUUAAAGACGACCGUAUUUUCUACAGAUAUAUCAAUAAAGACAAAUCAUUCUUUACGCCCCAAACUGGUAUCGAUGCGGUCAAAGUUGAUUCCAAGACUAACCAACGAUUAUGGCUAACCAUUAAUCCAAACGAUAGGGCAAACGCUAACACUGGCGGUCAGUAUAAGUGUCAAGUAAAUUAUGUGAACCCGGAUGGUGUAGACACUAAGAUUGAGCAUUUGGUACACCUUUCACUC